AAACCACAUUUCUCUUCUGUCACCACAGCAGGUUUCUGACGUUUGGGUUUUACUACAUGUUGCCAUUUUGGCAGUGGCUGCAGUGAAGAAGCAGAGUAAGGAUUUCUGGCACAACCUCACACAUCUGACGAGGUCAAACUCCAGCAUCAGCAGCUAUAAAGAGCAACUUUAUAGAGAGACCAGUGCGUUUCGGUUUUUAGCCUUCAUCGGAGUAGAAGUCACUCCUCGUGUAUAAAGAUGUUCUCUUGAUGUUUGGUACAAACCUAAAUUACAAACAUACUCCCUCAUGAAAAGCAGCCUCAGUGUAGAGCCUCGUGUGAAACACAGUUUAACCAAAAUUCAAACAUGCCUAGUUGAGUUCAGGCAGGUUUACUGUCUCCCUGCACAGAGGAGGCUUUGUUUGUCAAGUGGUUUCAGUGAGAUCAAAGACAAAGGCCCAGUUUACACCUCGUGUUAACAUGCGUCUUGGGUGAUCUGAUGAUGAGUGGACAGCUCAGAGUCUGUGUGUUCACGACUGGCAUUAGAAUGUGUCUCCACAUGCAUCUGGAGUAACCACUUGUGGUCGGAUCUCACUUACCUGCUCUACAUGCAGGCACGCAUAGUCUUUGUUUGCAAAGACCAAAUGUGAUGUUUUUAACCUGCGGGAAGCAGCAAUGCACUUUGUCUGUCUAGUGUGCUGGGAGGAGGAAGAAGAAGAAGAAGAAGAUGAUGAUGAUGAUGAUGAUGAUGAUGAUGAUGAUGAAGAAGAUGAUGAAGAAAAAGAAGAAGAUGAUGAUGAUCAUGAUGAUGAUGAGUAUGAUAAGGAGGAAGAUGAUGAUGAUGAAGAUGAUGAAGAAGAAGAUGAUGAUGAGUAUGAUAAGGAGGAAGAUGAUGAUGAUGAAGAUGAUGAAGAAGAAGAUGAUGAUGAAGAUGAUAAGGAGGAAGAUGACGAUGAUGAUGAUGAUGAUGAUGAUGAAGAAGAUAAGUAUGAUGAAGAAGAAGAUGAUGAGUAUGAUGAAGAAGAUGAUGAUGAGGAAGAAGAAGAUGAGAAGGAUGAUAAGCAGAUGAUGAUGAAGAAUAUGAUGAUGAAGAAGAAGAUAAUGAUGAAGAAUAAGAUGAUGAUGAAGAAGAGGAAGAAGAAAAAGCAGAAGAUGAUAAGGAAGAAGAUGAUGAAGAAGAAGAAGAUGACGAUGCUAAGGAAGAAGGUGAUGAUGAUGAUGAGGAUGAUAAGGAGGAAGAUGAUGAUGAUAAGAAAGAACAAGAUGAUGAUGAUAAUGAAGAAGAAGAUGAUGACGAUGAGUAUGAUGAACAAGAAGAAGAUGAUGAUGAAGAUGAUGAAGAAGAAAAUUACGCUGAAGAAGAUGAUGAGGAGGAGGAAGAAGAUGAUGAUAAUGAAGAAGAAGAUGAUAAUUAAGAAGAAGAAGGAUGAUGAUGAUAAUGAAGAUGAUGAUGAAGAAAAAGAUGAUAAUGAUGAUGAUGAUGAAGAAGAUGAUGAUGAUGAAGAUGAUGAUUAUGAUGAUGAAUAAGAGCACUUCCCAUGAAGAACUUUACAAAGACCUUGACACACUGUUCCUAUGUGUCAAGGUCUUUGUCCCUCAUCUUCAUCAGUCUAAACACAUGGGGUCUAAUCUUUGGCUGGUUCCAGCAGAACAAACCACCCAAGAUGUCUGAAUCCCUUGUGACACAUCUGUUGUUGUUUCACACUUUCAACUGACAGUCAAUGUAAUGAUGACAUAUCUCCGCCUACACAGAGGCGUCAGUGUGGCCGCGGACACAUUAGCAUACGGACUGCUGAAAGAAUGUGGCCAUGUGUGGCCUGGGCCACCUCUGAAUGUGGUCUGAGUGUUUGGCUCUCAGCCCGCAUUGAAAACACAUCGGGUGACAUCACAAUACGGUGAUUUUCAUUGUGCUAACAACCGCCUCAUUUCCCUCACAAGCGUUUCCCACUCACAUCUUAGCUCCACCCAGGUAGGGUGUGAGAAAGAUGCGAGGAAGGGAGGUAAGGACGGAGGAGCUGAAGCUGCCAAAUGAGAAAUCCUUGGUAAUUAGAGCUGUCCACUCUUAAUCCAAUCACCCAAGAUGUUAAUACCGGGUGUAAACAGGGACAAUUUGUGUUUUAUUGCCUUUUUAUAUGAUGAUGUCAGAGCUACAUUUUUUAGCAAAUUUGUUCUACAUAUCUGAGGUUGGAUAAUCAGAGCUGCAUUUCAAGCAUUAGGAAGGGAACCAUUUCUGUGGUACUCUCAGGGUCUCGUUAGUCCAUGUGGGCUGGGCACUUAUGUAUGUGCACGGCACGAUAUAAUAAAUGACCUAACUGUCUAAGUAACUGCAGCUGUGUCUGAUAGGCUGCAGCAAACACACACGCACCUCUUAUGUGCUAUCAUUUAAAAGGUUAAUAAUAUUACACAGGGCGAGCUAACUUCUUUCAAACUUUAUUUAAAUGUACUUUUGUU